CUGAGCGCUCGACUCUGAAGACUGUCGGCACUGAGGGGGAACUUUGAAACGGCUGAUAAGGAGGAGCUGUAACUUCAAAAAAGUUACAGCUAAUUGGAACUUUACAACAAACACUUUAGUCGGAAACUUUUCUUGGGAGGUGAGAGGAAGUUUGAGUCUGUUCCCACUGUGCUAAUAGUGCGAUCCAACAACGCUGAGUUUCAGGAGCUGGGAGAGUCACCAUGGGCUAGUCCACGUUGCUGGUGCCCUGUUCUGUAGUGCGUCGUGGAGAAUCAGAAUGACUGUGUACACCUUGAACCUCAGGGUCUUCUGGCCACUGGUCGUCUGUGUGCUCACAGCCUUCGUGCUGCUACACCUCUCUCUCCGCCUAGGUCCUGACCCUGGAUCUGACGGGUGUCCAGACCGAACAUUGGGGCUCCUCUCAUUGGUCAAGCUUCUUUUGGCUUUUGCUCUCUGCUACUUUCUUAUUAGGUAUUGCUCAUCUGAAACAGGCAGGACAAAGCGACGUCUCACUGAGAUCACUGAGGGCCCUGCCAGAGCCAGUUCCUCCAGAAAAGAGCUGCUGGAAGAUUACUACGAGAGGCAGGUCCGCCUGUCACCCCAUGUUCUAGGCCAUAGUAAGGCACACGUUGCCAAGCUGGUCAGUGAACUGGUAAGGGCGGGACGUGCUGAGAUCCCUCCAGAGUCCUCUCUGGGUCUUCGCGGGGACUUUAUCCAGAUUGGCAGUGCUUAUGAGGAGCAUAAAGUGGGCCAUCCUGACUGCUUCGACAUCUUGGUCCCGCUGCGGCUGCCCAGAGCCCUGAAGCUGGAGCCCAAAAGCUGUGCUGGAGAAAAAGGAAGCCCGCUACUCUGCAGUCUGGAGACCCCCCGCAAGUCAGAGUGGAACAGGCGACACAAGGCCUUCACCGAGGCGUUCUUGAGCUCCAAAGAGCCGGGCGGGGUGUUAAGACUGACUCCGGCGCCCGUGGUGCGCUGGUUUUACCCCACGGUGCAGCGCUGUCUCUCUGCUGUGCGCUACCCCUUUGAGCAGCGGUGCUCCCUGGGUCUGUCGCAGAGCGAGGACCGCAUCCUGCUGCGCCUCACGCCACGCUCCGACUACGUCUGCUGCCACAUCUCCAUGGGCGUGCGGCUCAUCCCCGCCGUGCCCCUGGGGAAUGGCGUGUUUCUGGUGGCUGCGCCUAGGGGCUCCCAGCAGGAGGACCUUUGGACGGUGUACUUCCCCCGACAGGAGCAGAGGCUUCUGGGCUGGCUGAAAGGCAGGGUGCCGUCUGGCUCCUGCCACCUGAAGUGCCUGCAGAUCGUGAAGGCCGUACGGGACCUGAGUGGGCAGGCCUUGGAUUGCCGCGGGGGAGCAGAGUGGAGGGCCGUGCUGUCCUCCUACUCCCUGAAGAUGGCGUGGCUGCGACUCUUGCUCAGCACGCCUCCUGAGGCCUGGGAGGAGCACCAUCUCCUGGAGAGGAUAGAAGAUCUGCUGCGAGGCUUGAGGGAGAGCCUGCAGCAACGAUUCUUGGGUCACCUCUUCCUUGGGAGUGACACUGGGCUGCUGCCAGAUUUUCUUGCCUUGCCUAAGCCAUUCAAGGACAUAGCUUCGGCCAAUCUCUUGGCCAGCUUCAACCCAACAUCUCUGGAUAUAGUGUCUGCCCGCUUGGCCUACUCCUGGACACAUCUGCAUCGGCUAAUUCGUCUUGGGUGUCCCCAAAGGGACAGUGUGGGAAGGGGUGUACGCUGCAAGCACAUGGAUGCUGAGUAAGAAUAAAAAGCAGUAAAGCUCAAGCUAUAUCUUUCCUUAGUUUCUGGUUUCAGGGAAAGAGGAGGAUAGGUUUAAAAUAUUUUGCACGGCAGCUCGCAAAACUUAACUCAAUGAUGAACAUUUGAUAUUGGACUGUUUUAUUCUGGAACACAAAUACCAUCCUCUGGCUCUAUUUAAUAUUGAUGUAAUAUUUCUAGCUCAAAAGCAAUGAAUUUAUUUAACUUAGUAUUACUUGAAGAAAUGGAAAAGUGCAGCUUCCACUGGGGGUACGUAUGGAAUUGAAAACUUUUUGGAAAAAACUAUUGAUUUUAAGUGACAGUUGCCUUAUUGGUCAGAGGAAAUAAUAUUGGGUAAUUUUCAGGAAUUUGGUGCAGGGUUUUCAAAUUACUAUUGGCUGUCAUAUAAUAUAAUAGGAAUAUUGUCAAAGAAUAGUGCAGCUUCCACUGGGGGUACGUAUGGAAUUGAAAACUUUUUGGAAAAAACUAUAAUUUUUUAGUGACAGUUGCCUUAUUGGUCAACGGAAAUAAUAUUGUGUCAUUUUCAGGAACUUGGUGCAGGGUUUUCAAAUUACUAUUGGCUGUCAUAUAAUAUAAUAGGAAUAUUGUCAAAUAAUAACCCCAUAACGGUUUAUUCUACAGAAACCAUGGCAGCUUCUCUGCAUAUUUCUGUCAGGAGACCAGGAGGCAACUAUACAUGCUGAGAAAGACUAUCUCAGGUCUAAUCCAGCUCUCAGAGGGCAUACGACAUUGUUUCAUCCAGACUUUUAUAUAUUCACUGCAGCAACAGACACAUGGUAAAUGACCAAACAUAGAGAAGCUAAACAAGAUGUCUGUAUUGUUGCAUUUUUAAAUCUGAUCAUCAUUACAGGUACAGAGUAGUAACAUAAAGCUUGUUACUAUUUGACUGUAGAGCACUGAAUGUUUCUACAAGUUGCCUUGCCAGAAUGAUUCUAGGACUGAUGCAAGAGUCAUUAUACAUGGCUGAGCUGUCUGAAUUUCUUCAUCGUGUGAAGGAAAAGAACAAUCAGUUCAAUGACGGUUUGUUAGUCAGAGCCAGCAGCUACGUGGUACUUUCACAGUUUCAGAUAUGAGGUAGUGUUGUGGAUGCCAACAUCUAAUCAACUAAAGGGAAACAUACAACAGGCAUUAUUUAAAUAUAAGUAUUUAGGCAACGAUAUUUCAACAAACGUAACAUGUUUGUCCAGCCUGUGAUGUUUGGGCCCUUGGGGGAAGGGCAUAGGGAAGCGAGUCAGACCACUGCCACGUGACUGUUAACCAGAGCCAUGCUGGUACAAGGUAUUAAAUAUAUGAAACUAAUCCAAUGUUAUGAGCAAUUUUAAACAUUAUUGAUGAAAACUUCAGCAUGUACAUAUCACUCUGAAUAUGAGUAUAAUAUUUAUUGCAGCUAAAAUAUUGGAGCUGUUUUACCUUGGAUUUGCAAAGCAUCCCCAUUUCUGUCUACCCUACACCUAUCUUACAAAAUUCCUCUGAUCUUUAGCAGUUUGUAUCACCUUGUAGGCAUUCACCACUCCCUGUGGACACAUUCCCACAGCAUGUUGUCAUGGAGAUGCCACUCAGCAUUUUGGGUCACUCUCGCGAGCUUGUCUCCUAGAAACCUUAAUUUGCCUCUGGGAAAUCAGGAUGACAAUUAACACAAAUCAGUGCAUUGAGAUUAGCAAUGCAAACUGCCCACUUCAUCUAUGAUUGCUGGAUUUUGAAAUGGGGAAAAUAAGAUAUUUCCAUCUUCUGUACGGCACAGGACUCUGCUCUUUUCCAUCCCCCUCUAACUUCUGUAAAAUGGGCUUAAUGGCUGCUUAACAGCAAAACAGGAUGCAGAUUAAGGAACCUUAAAAGAAACUUCCACUUGCUGAAAACAAAGCUGGUGUAACUAGUAAUUAUUUCGCAAGAAAAGUACAAAAGUUGCAGGGCAGUCUCUAAUGUCUGGCUUGAUAUUCCUAGAUAAAGUAAGCCGCAACAUUUUGCUCAAGGAUAAAACAGCAGAUUGCCAUUUGCACAUUGACCCACAGACCUAGAGUUCUGUGCCUUAACCACAGGGAAGGGCAUCAUAACUACAUUAUAAAGAACUCAAGCCAUAAUAAUGGACCACAGAAUGCUUGUCCAUAUGGUUUUUGUUGGUGAUGAUCAAAAGCUGGAUGCAGGCACAAUGUUUUUGUUAAUUGCUUGGCACUGUAGUUAAGGUACACUUGCAUUAAGGACAGCCCUAUCUCUCCUUUAUUCUUCAAUGAAAACUGGAUGACAGCCUACUUUUAAAUUAGAUUUGUUUAAUGGGCUUUGAGCUGCUAUUAUUAAUGGAUAAUGGCACCACACAUUUCCCACUUGAUACUGCACAAGAGCUGCAUAAGUAGUUUAGGUAGUUUAAAAACACAAAGCAGAAAUAGUUUUUCUCAUUCUUGUCUGAGUAGUUUUGCAAAAGGAAAUCUUCAUCUUGGCCCGAUUGCAAUUUGUUCCACAAAUGACUCAGCAAGUAAUGCACUAAAGGGUCCUCCAGGAUCAUAUCAGGAUCGUAUGUGGCCAUGUCCUUAGAAGUCUUCUAAAUUUUAUUCAGUCUGAGAUUUAAAAUAACUCAAAAUCAUGCUGAUGGAUGCUGUGUCUUUUUAAGUUGUUGGCGUUCUCUUCUCUGACCUCAAGGAAUGCGAUGAUUGCAGUAAUCAUAGAUGAGUUGGUUCGAUAAAUAGAGAGUUCCAGAAAGACAAAUAGAGAGUGGCCUCUCUCCUGUUAAGGAAGGGAGACUACUAUCCCUGAACAAAAAAACAAUAUGACUGCAAGUGUACACCAGCUUCAUGGAAGUUCUAAAGAAUAGUGAAAAAGAGUUAUUCCUCAUGACUGGAAUUGUAUAUACAAAAUGGAGUCCAUUCAUUAUAGAAAUGUUAUUUUUACCAGUGACUCUAAUCCAGUUAAUUGUUACACCCAUAUCCACAAGCAUGAGCUGUGCUGGACUGUAUUCCCAGAGGGUUUCAUGUGAAAGCUCUGUAUGGAGCUCCACCAAUAGGAACUCAACUGUUUCCAAGGCAACCCUGAAAUUAAUGGAAAUUUCUAAAGUUGUGGAGUGGCAGAUGUAUGCACUGAUAAAUUGUUGAGAGUCCACCUCCAAAAUACAUUGCUGUCUAUAUUCAAAUGCAUGCACACUUAGAUCCAUCAUUUUAUAACUUAGUUUAUUUGGCUUCAUUAGUAGUAUACGACGAAAAGUAACCUGAAGGUAUGACACAUAAUCCAUAAUGAUAAAACUGUGUGUUUUUUCUGUGUGAGCAAAAUCUGUUUAAUAUUCACAAGGCACAAGACGUACAAUUCAAUUAAAAUAAAUGGUUUGUGGAAAUGGGAAUGUGGGAAUGUUCAAGCCAGGCAGCAGAAAGAGAAAGAAAUGCAAAAUGCAGAAGUACAUGAACAAGAGUUUACAAAUAUGGCAGUGGUCUUCAAAUGUGGUACUGGAAAUCUUCAACUGUAAUCACAGGGUCUGGUUUUUGUUUUCACCUUAUAAAGAGCAGCACUCAGUUAUGCUCUGUUCAGUUGAACAAUGGGCCUAAUGUUCUUUCAGAUUAGCUUUUUUAAUGUAUAUUACAGAAGGCAAGAAUGUGUUAAAACAUGCAUCAUACCAGUUGCCACUUUCAUAAAUGAGUCACUACACAUGUUGUAUAUUCUAAAAGUGCCAAAAGUGUCAUGAAUGGAAAAGUGUAAAUUAAUAAUAUCCAUAUGAUAAAUGUUUUAUUUUAUAAAAAGGACCAAUUUUGUUGUCAUGUUUAUCAUGACAUUACUUGUUUUCAUUGAUUUUAAUUGAAAAGGGUACUGUUUGCCUCAGGAAACAGAGUGUACAAUUGAGUACACAGAGUGUUUAUUUAUUAAUGUAUAUACAGUCUUUUGUUAAAUACUAUAUGAGAGAGUCAUAUAGAUAGGCCCACACAAAUAAUGCACUCCAUGUUGAUCACAGUAAGUGAACAGAAAUCUACAUAUGUAACGUGAUAGUUUAUGUAGAUCUUUUCUUUUGGGGAUAUUAGUUUUAUGCACUCCAAUUUAAAACUAUUAUGUUCUAACCAGAAAGAGUAUUUUGUUUUCAAUGAAGUCACUAUAUUAUGUAUGUCUUAAUGGCAGCCAUUCUGCAUAGAUUUUCAGGCUUUUGUAAGUUUUGUCAAAUUUUAGUUUGUUUCCUAAAAAUAAAAGUACUUUUAAAAGACAUAA